AUGGCCAGCUGCAUGACUUGUCCGGCAAUGUGUCGGGUCGUCCUUGUUCUGUCUGAAGUGGUCACUGUAUACGAUGCCUGCCAAGACAACGAUGGGCCAUGCCUGAAAGCGGUCACCUACGACUCCUGCUCGAAUGUUGUUCAGGGGCAGACUUCUCUGGGCUUGCAGCUCCGUCCGUGA